GUAUGGUGCAAAUAAGGGAGUUACAACACCCUCAUCUCCUCGGUAAGCCCUUGGCCACAUCCAAUGAACAGAUGAGUGAAUAUGCUGCAGACUACUUCAGGGACAUCCUGGCGACUCGGAAACCAUACUGGGACUGGGACACGGACCUCGCACAAGAAAACGCCUUCCGAGUCUGGGACACUUUGCAGGCUAGACUCCUAGAGAAUGGCAGGCUGGAGUUGGACAGACCCAUCACGGAAGAGGAGCUCAGACAUACAAUCAAGACAAUGGCAAAGGGGAAGGCGCCUGAAGACGACGGACUCCCACUAGAAUUAUUCCAAACAUGCUGGGAGGAGUUGGAGGCAGACGUGGUCAAACUGAACAACGGGGUAUUGACAGGGGGGACUUUAGGGAAGCGAAUGACCAACGGGGUCAUCUCACUGCUGUACAAGAAGGGUGAUCGCAGCGACAUCCGGAACUGGUGGCCAAUCUCGCUACUUAACGUGAUGUACAAAAUCCUGGCAAAAGCACUGGCAUGCAGACUGGGCAAGUUUCUCCCGCUAUUGGAGGGGAAAGACCAGGGGGCGUGUGUCCAAGGAAGAUCGAUUUUCGAGAACAUUCUAACGACGAUUGAGUCGUCUGAGAUCAUAGUGAAGGAGAAUGUGGAUGUCACAGUGCUGCUGAUCGACCUAGAGAAGGCCUACGACAGGGUCAAUUGGACCUUCGUCAUGACAACCCUAAAGACAACGCAGUUUGACGAGCCGUUCUGCCGCAGGGUUAGAGUCUUGUAUGCCUUCUCAACAGCAGUAGUGGAGAUCAACGGGGUGAGCUCAGAGGAAAUCCAUCUCAGCCGGUCGUUGCGUCAGGGCUGCCCACUCGCACCCCUGUUGUUUGUUCUGCAACUUGAGGUUCUGCUGUCCUCGAUCAGAUCCAAUCCGCUAGUUGAAGGUCUGAAACUAGCAGGGGGAGAAGAAUGUCGGGUGAAGGCGUUGGCAGAUGAUCUGUUUGCCCUUUCCACCAACACUGUAGAAUCGCUGGGAGCUUUGAAAGGAUGUCUUCAACAAUAUGUGGGGCUCUCUAAGGCGGCCAUUAACUGGAAUAAGUCUUUCUUCUUCCUACCCAAGGACUACCAGCUCCAAGUACAGUGGGGAAUGCAGAGGGUACCGGUGGGAGAAGCGCAAAGGUUUCUUGGGGUGAUGAUAGCCCUCGGAGAUUCGACCUCAUCCCAGAACGUGAUCCUGAAGGAACGGGUAGUAGCGAGAAUCGAAAGUUGGGGCAAGGCCCCGCACCUCUCUCUGGUAGGAAGAGCAUUAGUCCUCACAGUAUCAGCUUUCGCCUUACUAUGACUGGACGAGUACAGCACAUUGGAACCAUGGAAGGCUACGCUAAGUCGGACAAACACAGUGAGCCGGUUAGGCGUGGGUGGACUGAAUGAGGUAAGAGUAAGAGCUCAACGGACAGGCCGCAGGUGUUCCACUCCAACAUACAACAUUCUUGCAGGAGGAGUGCCUGUUCAGGAGAUGAGAAUUGAUCCUGGGAUGUGGGGAUGGAAGGUGGGAAACGAUGUAGUUAAGGAUCUGAACAACAGAAAUAGGGGCAGGAUGUACGGAGGAGGAGGAAAUAGCGGAAAUAAUGGAAACGGUACGAACAAUGGUAACAACAACGGCAACGGAGGAUACGGCGGGCGGCCCACGGUCACUUGCUAUGAAUGCGGGACGACGGGGCAUUUUGCGCGAGACUGCUGGGCCAAACGUGGGAGGAGUGGGAAUCAUCAAGAAGAUGACAUGCAAACUUUCGUUAGAGAACUAAUGGACGAAAAAAAGGAAGAACCUAAGAAGCGGGCGGAGGAAGAGCAGAGGCGUUUGAAGGAAGAAGAGGAGAGGAGAAGAGAGUUGGACAUAGCUAGGCGAACAGAAGAGAUGAAGCUCCAGCUUCAAGCGGAGAUCGAAGAGAAAUGGAGGAAGCAGCAGCAAGAGGCGGCUGAGAAGGCGAAGAUGGCUAGGGACGGCGAGGGGAAAGGAAACAGUGGAGAACAGGCGAUGGCAGUGGAAAGAAGGAUCACGACAACAGUCGUGCUCCUUGGACUAUCGGGGGAGAUCAGUUGGCUCUCUAAGUACCUCGAUAAGGCAGAUCUUAGCAAGGACGUCGUAGAAUUACGGAGCGGAGGCACUUACAUCGUAGCCAGUCCGUGGUCGAAGAAGGUGUAUGUUGGCUGCACCGCUAGACCUAUCGCUCAAAGGUGGAAGGAGCAUGUAAAGGCAGCGAACUCCAAUGCCCUUGGUAAGACACCACAACUAUACCGAUGGAUGAGGGUUUUUGGCGUAGAGAAGUUCGUGGUUAUUCCGAUCAAGCACACCACGACUGAGGAUGACUUUGCUUUUGAACGGUAUCUGAUCGGGGACUUGUCCCCGAGUCUGAACACGAUGGGGACAGGGCGACGUUUGAAGAUUGGCGGUCGGAAGAGGAGAUGGAGAAGGGAACGAAAGCGGAGAGGAGGGGGAACGAAGGGUUUACCGAUUGUUAGCUUCGUCACGGAAGACAGGCGACGUACAUCGCUUAUAAAAUGGCUGGAAGAGAGACAAGGAGCGAAGGGGGAACAACUGGAGGUCGAUUUUGUACCAGGGCAACACUGGUCAGAUGGAUGGAAGACGGUGAGAUCAAGGUACGGUGAGACCGAACUCAACAUCGGAGGAAGCCUGCUGACUCUUGCAAAGGCGAAGAACUUGUGUGAGAAAGGCGGUAAGGUGCGUUUUGUGAAGAUUGUGAGAACGUCGACCACUUCUGAGCGCAACAAGGUUGUACUCAAGAAGCUCCUCAGGAAACCAAAACAGGCGACAACGGUAGGGCGUUACACUACUACGAAACUACUGGGACUCUACAGAACUGCGGGGUUUUUCGGCAGAAAAGAGACGAGGAACAAACUCAAACUAAAAUUAGACCGAAUGAUUAGAGCUAAGACUGGUGUCAGCGUUCGGCGGAGAGUUACAGUUAAGUAUCCCUUUUGCGCAACGAUCAAGAAAGCCGAGGUGAGACGACUUACAGAGUCCGCGAUUGAAUGUACGGUGCAGGAGAAGGCCGUAGCUGAUUUUGUGAAGGGCAAGGUUAGAAUAGUGAAUACUAAGAACAAGACGGUCGACGAAGUCAUGCACAACCAUAGGGCUUAUGCCCACACGGAAACUGUGCACUGUAACUGCGCGCGUUUUAACCUGGAGAAGACAGAAGGGCAUGUCCUCACUAGACUACGGGAGGUAGAAGGAACACCGGCUUUCGUACAGAAUGCAAAGAAUGUUACGAGGCUAGGCAAGGGUACCAGUAAGGAGGCGAUCGAUCUGGGGAUCGCAACGGCAACUACGCAUCUGGGAAGGAGGCGCUCGGAGAGUUUGGAUGUAUCUUCCUGUUUCAAGAAAGACGAUGCGAGGCAUGUAGCGUGGACUGAGAAAGAGGUGAGACGGUGGGCGGAGAAGUACAAAGGUCUAGUAAUGACACCGGUAGACAGGAAUCCAGGAGACACCGCCCUGGUAUGCCCGGUGCUCUACAGACAUGGCUACGGUAAGAUGUUCGUUAGGAACGCAGACUACGAGAUCAUAGAGAUAGCAGAAGAUGAGGUGCUCAAGCUGUGCAAAGCUGACUAUGUGGAAGCUGGUCUGGAAGCAGUGGGGAAGUGGAAACUGGAUGGUAAGUUGGGGAAGACUUACAUGAUACCGAAGGACAAAGACCUCCUACGGUGGAGGCCCAUAGCCCCCGCGUGUGCAGACCCAGCGGCCAUGGGGCAGAGGAGAUGCGCAAGAGCGCUGAACUGCCUGGUACGGAGGUUCGCAAUGAGUUUCCACCUUGGUUCAAGCUGUGAACUGAGAGAAAACCUGGAAAACGCAGGAGAAGAGUUCCAGAAGCAAGGGUGUACCACAACUUUGGGAAGGUGCUACGAUAUCAAAGAGAUGUUCUCUUCGAUAUCGCACACUUCGGUGGAAGAAGCAGUCUCAAAUAUUUUGGAACAUUAUGAAGAGAGAGAGGGUGGAGGCAAGUUAAGGUUGCCGUCAGAGGAAAGACGUGUGUGCUCUCGAAUACACGACGGAAGGAACCGGGCUAUGUCACUGUAGAUUUCAACACAAUACGGAAGAUGGUUCGGUACGAUCUGGCGCACGCUUACAUGAA